UGUUCAAGCCAGAAAUUCUGCUUACGGCAGAUGUCACAACCCUGAGAAAAUUGUUCAAAUUUUUUUUAUUUCGGACAUGAAGUUUUAUAAUUUAUUAUUUUAACAUAAGACUGUCCACAUGUAAUUUCUAUUUUCGGACAAGUAGCUUCGGACGUGUGUAGCUUCAAAUAACUUAUUUACAAACAUCAUUUCAUUCGUUUUCUUUUUCCUGAAACAACCAAAUCUUCCAUUCCAGUUUUUCAAUUAUUUGAAAUAAUAAUUCACCCAUAUCACUGGAUUUAUUAUAUCUAAGUUUCCAAAAAACAAUAUUUACCAUUAAUAUUUUCACACAGGGACAGUAAGUCAAAUCUUAAUAUUGUGAAUACGCGCUGAACAUUCCAUCGUUUAGAUAAUGAAACUUAAGUUGAAAACAUGGAAAUCUAACUCGUACAUUAUGUUCUUUCGGAUUCUUGGCAGGAGAAAUAUUUGGAUCAAAUCAAUCAAAUUGCUAUUUUGCAUUGGAACUAUAAUUAUUGUUUAUGAAGGCUUUAUUUCAAGACAAUCCAGUACUGUUCCAAAGAUGAAAGAAUAUGAUUCAUUUUUUGAUUCUCUCCAAACAGAACGGAAAAGUCGCAUUGCAGAUGUUUGUCAGAAAGAAAUGUCUAAAUAUGAAAGUCUAAACCAUGCAUCAGGCAAUUUUUUAUUUUAUUCCUCUUUAAAUUUAUCUUACUGUGUUGUGGCUAAAGUAGGGUGUACCUUCUGGAUUGCUAUUAUUCGCUUUCUUCUUCGAGACUUUCCUGAAAACCUUCUCAAAACACAUCCACUGGAUAUAACAAAAUAUAACGUCCACAGCGCAAGUAAACGGCUUAGACAUUUGACGAAAGACGUCGGAUAUUCGUAUUUAGUAAAUUCAACAAAAUUCUUUUUUGCCAGGAAUCCGUACUCGCGCCUUUUAUCUGGUUAUAUGGACAAAAUGAUGCUACCGGGGUAUUGGACUUCAGUUUCGGUGGAUAUCGUUUCACUUACGAGGAACAAAACAAAUAUCAAGUGUGUUAGUGACAUAACUUUUAGAGAAUUCUUACAUUACGCUGCCGUCUCAGAAACCAAGAAUUUCCACAGAAAUGGUCACUGGAUUCCAGUGUAUAAGCUAUGUAAUCCUUGUAAAUGGAAGUUUGAUUAUAUUGGAAAACAAGAAACAUUCACGAAAGAUGCUAAAGUUAUUCUCGAAUAUUUUGGUUUAAAUUAUAUGAAAAACAGAAGUCAUUUACAAAAUAUUUUGCACCAGACAUAUUCCCAAAGCGAAUAUACCUUUAGUUUCACCUAUGCGGCAGAAAAUAUUUGUAAUCAGUCAGUAGAAUUCAUUGCCAGGCGGUUGUGGUAUGUCUAUCAAAUGCAGGGUUAUAUACGUAACACGUCUCAAUUUAUUAUGCCACGUCUUAAACAGGGAGAGAAGCUUACUCUAGUGACGUUUCAAAAAUUAGUUGAACACGAAAUAAUUAGCAAUACUAUGACAUCUCUAGAAUCUUCAAAUCAGAGAAAAUAUUUUUGGCGGGAGUUUUUUUCAAAAAUUCCUACAGCAUUGAUUAAGGAGAUUCAAAAGGUGUAUGAGUUAGAUUUUAAAUUAUUUGAUUAUUCGUUUGACUCCUACCAAUAAUAAACAACAGAUACGUUCAAA